UUCUCAAUAUAUUGAAAAUCUACUCAAUAUAUUUCAAGCCGCAAAAGGAAAAAAACAAGCAAAUUGAUCUUUCCUCUCUCGACCGAACUUGAAAAUGGCUAAUUUAACGGAAAUCGACGAAGAAAUAGUAAAGCCUCGAGCAGACAAGAGACAGUACAGGAGGGUCGUCCUCGGAAACUCCCUCCAAGUUCUCCUCAUAAGCGAUCCUGACACCGACAAGUCUGCUGCAUGUAUGUCUGUCAGCAUUGGCUACUUCUCUGAUCCCGAUGGCUGCGAGGGCCUUGCUCAUCUUCUCAUGCGCGUGCUGUUGCUGGCUCAUGCUAGUGAAAAAUAUCCGGGGGAGGAUAGUUCCAGUCAGUACAUAACCGAGCAUGGAGGCUACACAAAUUGCGCUGUGAAUGCCGACGAGACCGAGUAUUAUUUUAACAUUAACAAUGACUUUUUUGAAGAAGCUUUGGAUCGCUUUUUCCAGCCCUUUGUCAAACCAUUAAUGUCAGCUGAAGCAGCCAUGAGGGAAAUUAAAACUGUUGAGUCUGUAUACCAGAAUUCCUUAUUGUCUGAUAAGCGGAGAAUGCAACAGCUUCAAAAACAUCUCAGCUGGGAAAGUCAUCCUUAUCAUAGAUUUGGUCUAGGGAAUUGGUAUACCUUGGACGUUAGACCAAAAGCAAAAGGGUUGGAUAUAAGACAUGAGCUUUUAAAGUUCUACGAAGAAAAUUAUUCAGCCAAUCUCAUGCAAUUGGUUUUAUAUACAAAAGAAAGCCUUGAUGAAAUUCAAAGCUUGGUGGAGAACAAGUUCCAAGAUAUUCGAAACUCCAACCAACGUGGUUUCCAACCUACGGGUCUGCCUUUCAAGUCAGAACAUCUGAUGAUUCUCGUCAAGGCUGUUCCAAUAAAAGAAAGGCACAAAUUGACCGUUGUAUGGCCAAUAACUCCAAGCUGGCAUCAUUACAAGGAAGGGCCGUGCUAUUAUCUCAGUCGUGUCAUUGGCCAUAAAGGAGAAGGAUCCGUGUAUCACAUCUUGCAAAAACUAGGAUGGGCUACUGGGUUGAAAGCUAUUGAAUACGUGUGGACGUCGGAGUUUUCUUUCUUUACAGUAAUUAUUGUUCUCACUGAUGCUGGCCAUGAGCAUAUGCAGGAUAUCGUAGGGUUGCUAUUUAAAUAUAUUCAAUUCUUAGAGCAGACUCCUGUUUGCAAACGGAUAUUUGAGGAGCUUUCAGCUGUUUGCGAGACAAGAUUUCACUAUCAAGACAAAAUCUCACCUGUUAAUUAUAUUAUUGGAAUCGCAUCAAAAAUGAAGAAAUAUCCUCCGAAAGAUUGGUUAGUAGGCUCAUCGUUACCUUCAAACUUCAAUCCUGACGUCGUGCACAUGUUUCUAAGAGAGUUCUCGCCAGAGAAUGUCCGAAUCUUCUGGGAGUCGAAGAAAUUUGAAGGAGACACAGAUAAGGUUGAGCCAUGGUUCGGUACUGCAUAUACUGUUGAAAAAAUCACUACUUCGAUGAUUCAGAAAUGGAUGUCAUCAGCACCAGGUGAUAAUUUGCAGCUACCAACACCAAAUAUGUUCAUACCCACAAACUUGUCUCUUAAGGUUGCUCAAGAACAGGUCAAGUUUCCAGUUUUGUUAAGAAAGUCAUCCUAUUCAAAACUAUGGUACAAGCCUGAUACAAUGUUCUCCAUACCUAAGGCAUUCGUUAAAAUAGAAUUCAACUGUCCCCACGUUAGAAACUCUCCUCAAGCUGAAGUCCUUGCCAACAUUUUUGUACAGUUGUUGUGUGAUUACUUGAAUGAACACGUAUACUACGCUCAAAUCGCUGGCCUUCAUUAUUCUAUAUUGCGCACAAACAGAGGUCUUGAGGUGACAGUGUUUGGUUAUAAUGACAAGUUGAACAUUCUGCUGGGAACUGUAGUUGAUAAGAUUGCAAAUUUUGAAGUGAAACCCGACAGGUUUUCUAUAAUCAAGGAAAUGACAACAAAGGGCAUUUCCAACUUUAGAUAUGGAGAACCCUCUCAACUAGCUAGAGAGUAUUGCUUAUUAAUAUUGAGGGAUAUAGGAUGGCCUUGGAAGCAGAAACUUGAUGUUUUACCUCAUUUAGAAGUAGAAGACCUUGACAAAUUUAUUCCUAUUAUGUUCUCAAGGACUUUUUUGGAGUGUUUCAUAGCAGGAAACAUGGAAUGUGAUGAAGCAAUUUCAAUAAUUAAACAUGUUGAAUCCAUUUUCUUUGAGGGUUUAAACCCUAAAUGCCAACCAUUAUUUCCAUCGCUACAUCUCACAAGUGAAGUUGUUAAAUUUGGAAGAGGCGUGAGUUACCUCUACUCUGUGCAAGGCCUAAAUCCAAGUAAUGAGAAUUCUGCGCUACUCCAUUAUAUUCAGGUUCAUCGAGAUGAUUUUAUAUUGAAUGUGAAACUUCAGCUUUUUUGCCUUAUUGCAAAGGAACCAGCCUAUCAUCAGCUUAGUUCUAUUGAGCAACUUGGGUACACAAAUCAGUUUUAUAGAAGGAAUGAUUUUGGAAUCCAUGGAGUGGUAUUCCUUAUUCAAUCCACAAUGAAGAAUCCAAGAGAUAUUGAUUCGAGGGUUGAGGCAUUCCUCGAGAAGUUUGAGAACAAAAUUUAUGAAAUGACCAAUGAUGAAUUUAAGAGAAAUGUAAAUGCAUUGAUUGAUGUGAAACUGGAGAAGCACAAGAACCUAUGGGAAGAAUCUAGGUUUUACUGGCAGGAGAUUAUAAAUGGCAUCCUCAAGUUUGAUAGGAGAGAAGCCGAGGUUGAAGUAUUAAGACAGGUUACACAACAAGAGUUCAUUGAUUUUUUCAAUGAAUAUAUAAAAGUUGGUUCACCUCGCAAGAAGACACUAAGUGUGCGUGUAUACGGAAAGAAGCAUCUAUCUGAAUAUAGAUCAGAGAAGAGUGAACCACUUCAACUGCAUUCCCUUCGAAUUGAUGAUAUCUUGAGUUUUAGAAGAUCACAACCUCAUUAUGGUUCGUUUAAAGGAAGCUUUAGUAAUAUGAAGCUAUAAGUAAAUUAAGAAGAGGGGAUUAGAUGGAUUGGGGUUGGUAAAAAAAAUGUAUAUAUGUAUAUAUGUAUGUGUAUAUUUUUACAUCUUAUCAACUCGCAGUCAGCACAAACAUCUUUGUAACAUGAAAAUACCAAUGCUCAUGUUUAUGCUUAUGGCUACACUAGUCCUUAAUAA